ACGCGUUUUUCUGCUUUUUGUUAGUUUUUUUUUCUUCCUCCUGUCUUCCACGUCUUUACUGACGUGCCGGUGACCUGAUGGAGACGUCCGGAGAGAAGACCGAGGAUCGAGACGCCAGCCUGCAGGCCCAGCUAGCCGAUUGCCGAGCUCAGGUGGAACACUGGCAGGGUGUGGCGACGAUCUGCGAGCUGAGCAAACAGGAGGAACUGGCAGAGCUGCAAAAACAAUGUGAUCAAGAGAUUCAGUCGCUCCAGGAGGCUCUCAGAGAGACGGCGGCGCAGUAUGAGGCCAGAAUAGCCGUCCUGCAGUCUCAGUCUCUGGAGUUCCGCAGGGCAAGUGGACAGAGCACGAUCAGUGGAAGGAAGAGCAGGAUGGAUCCGGAGGCCUCCUCCAGCGAAUCCCCGGCCUCCAAAGCCAACAGCCUGACGGAAGGCGAGGCGACGGAGAGAACGCUGGAAGCGGUGCCCGAGACGGAAGGAGCCUCGCCGCCCACAGAGGGCUAUUUCUCACUGAGGAACUGUGACUCAGCCUCGCUGUCCUCCUUCUCCCUGGACACCCCGUCUCUGCCCAGGAGGCUCCACGCUCAGGAAGACACCGACUCCCUGGUCUCCACGGGAACGCUGGUGCCCGAAGCCAUUUACCUGCCGCCGGCCGGACACCGCCUGGUCACACACCACGACUGGGAUGCGCUCAACGCCCAGCUGUCGGAGCUGCGAGGCGAGGCGAGUCGGCUGCAGGCGGAGAAGGAGGAGCUGGAGAAGGAGCUGGACGCACAGACCAACCAAACACACAAACAGGUGUCCAUGCUGCAGGCGCAGGUCCAGUCCUCGGAGGCACUCCUUCAAGAUUUACAGAAAUCUUUCAGUCAGUCGCAGAACGCAGUGCAGAGCCGGCUGGCCGAGCUGUCCAUGUCCCAGAGGAAGGUGUGCAGCGAGCUCUCCAGGCUGAAAGGAGAGGAGGUCGAGGACGAUGUUCCAGAUGCCAACACGUCGCUGUCGUCACCUCUGCAUGGGCCGCACUGCGAGGAACGUCUUCGCAUCGAGAUCGUCAACCUGCAGGAGCAGCUGGAUGUGAAGACCGAGGAGAACGAAGUGUUAGAAGUGCAGUUUUCCAGUUUGAAGACCGAGACGGAGAGGAUCCAGGCGCAGAGGGACGAGGUCCAGGCUGAACUGCUGGCCUGCCGCACCGAACUGGAAGGCCUGCGGGUGGCGCUGUCACAUCUUCAGGGCACCAACAAGUCCCUCAGCGGAGAUAAGGCGGCGCUGCAGCAGCAGUGCCUGGAGCUGCGGAGUCAGGUGAUCAGCCUGCGCUCUCAGGUGGACACCAGCCAGACUGUACAGAGGGACUUUGUCCAGCUCUCCCAGUCCCUUCAGGUGAAGCUGGAGGUGAUCCGACAGGCCGAGACUCUGGAGCAAGUCAAGAAAAUCCUGGAAGGCGAAGUCGGUGAAGCUGCUUCUCUGCCUGCAGACAUUUCUUGAGUUUUUUUUUUUUUUUUUUUUAAAGAAAUUUGAACCAAAGAACACGGACCAAGAGUAAACAUCUCCAGAGUGACUAAACGAGGUCAGCUAACCACGACCAUGAGAAACACGGGCGCCGCGGUGACCAGCAGUGACCCCCCCGGAACGACCACGGCUGGUGCUGCCCGCACUUUUUAUUGUGGAAAUACUCCUGAAAAAGAUAUUUUGUUUACUGUUAAGUGGACCUGAAACGGUUUCUCAGUGACCAAAGCUGUGAUGAAGGACUUUUAACGCUUCACAUGUAGAAACACAUUUAUUCACCUGUUAAUAGAAAAUAUAUGAACAUAUCAUGUUUACACGACCUGACGCCUCCAGCGAAACACUGACUGUCCAACACUGUGUGAAGAAGAUAAAGCACUAAAAAAACACAGCGCAACAAUGAAGUGAUGCAAACUACAGGCUUUCCUGAAUCAACCACAUUAAGAUAAGUUAUUUUUUAUCAGAGAUAUAUAACUUGUUUUUUUUUUAUCUGACAUUAACAUUCCAGCAUUUUCUGUUUUUAGUUCAGAUAGAACGACUUCCAGACUCAGGCGACUUUAUCACCAAGAAUGAAGAAAAGUGAAAAACAUUAACAAUAUAUGAUUGUUUUAUGUUAAUGCACACUAUGGACUAACUACAGGUGAUAAGACACUGCCAUGUUUGUGUAUUUUUUUUUUUUUUAAAGUUUAAUGUGCAGGAAUGACUGAUCCUAUGUGAACUCUCCAUAUUCUAGAGGCGAAUGAACAAGGACAUAAUAUUCAUACUGCUAACUACAAAUAAAGAAUCCCU